AUUCUACUGUUAGUGACUACGGUGACUACUAAUUAGAUUCUAAUUUGUUUUCUUUAAAGAAUUAACUAACAGGAUAAUUUAAUAUUUAUUUCCUCAUAAACUAUACAAUGAGCUGUGUGAGCGACCUAUCUCAAUCAAACGAGUAUCUGAGUUUUCGAAGUAGUAUACCGUUAAGGAAAAUCGUUGUUGACUCAGAUAGUUCCAAGGCAUGGCGGAUAUUCGAUUCAGGUCCGAAGUCGGUCGCGUGUCCUCUGAUAUGUUUACCGCCCGUUUCUGGCACGGCCGAUGUCUUCUACAAGCAAGUGAUGGGCCUGGCUUCUAGAGGGGUUCGUGUCAUAUCCGCAGAGCCCCCGCCUUACUGGAAUAUGAAGGACUGGUGUGAUGGAUUUAAAAGACUGAUUGACUACCUGGAGCUGGAUAAGGUGCAUAUUUUUGGAGCUUCCUUAGGUGGAUUCCUAGCCCAAAAAUUUGCAGAGCUCACUCUAAACUGCCCCAGAGUCGCAUCGUUAAUACUGUGCAACUCCUUCACCGACACCUCCGUGUUUGAGUUCAAGGACUCCUCGGCUCUCUUCUGGCUUCUCCCCUCCCUGGUGUUGAAGAGGAUGCUGAUGGGAAACUUCUCAGCAGAGAAGGCUGAUAGAAGAAUCAUCGAGGCUAUUGAUUUUAUGGUUGAGAGACUAGAGUCCCUGACCCAAUCGGAGCUAGCCUCGCGGUUAACCCUCAACUGCACACCGGGCUACAUGCAGCCGCACCUCCUGCGCGAGCUGCCGGUGACCGUGAUGGACGUCUGGGACGAGUGCGCGCUGAGCCCGCAGGUCAGGGAAGACCUGUACAAGUCGUACCCCCAAGCCAAGCUGGCGCACUUGAAGAGCGGCGGCAACUUCCCCUAUUUAAGCAGGAGCGAUGAAGUCAAUUUGCAUUUAUUAAUCCACCUGCGACAGUUCGACAGCACGGAGCUGUCGGCGUCGUACCUCAGCCUGCACCGCCUGCCGGCGCCCGCGCAGCCCGACGAGGGCACCGUCAGCUACUUCAACCAACGUGAUAAAUUCGUCAAGAUCUCUUGAACUACGGUGGCAAUCUCACCAUCACAUCAAGAUGUUGUUGUUUGUCUAUAAUAGGUAGAGAUGCACCGGAUAUCCGGUUACUAUCCGGUAUCCGGCCUAUCCGGCCAUUUCUUUUACUAUACGGCCGGAUACCUGAUAGUGAACUACUAUUCGGCCGGAUACCGGAUAGUAACAUUGCUUGAUUUUGGAGUAAACAAAUUGGAUUUAAGAAACAGACAGUCAGACACGGUCAUAAUCGUACUUGUUUAUCAUUUUAAAACAAUUUAAUCAUUCCACUGACUUGCACGCGCACUCAUUUCGAACCUAGAAAUGAGUCCGCGCGAACGUUUACUAGGAAACAGGCCAAACCUGAAUGCGCACCUGAAAAACCGAAACGUAAGUAUAGUUCCGCUAUCCGAUACCCGGCCGAUGGUUUGGCCGAAUAUCCGGUAUCCGGCCAAACAACUAUCCGUUGCAUCUCUAGUCGUUUGUCUAUAAUAGGGGUUAUUACAUCAUCAUAUUAGCCCUUUAUCGCCCACUGCUGAGCCACAGGGACACGCCAUACAUCGAAAAUCAUUUGCAUUUAUAUGUGUGCGCGGCACGUCUGUACACGCGUCAUUGUGUAUGUGUGGGUGAGUCGCUUUACUGAGAGCACGCCUGAAGUCCGCCAGAUUCAUGUCGCGGCCAGUCGCGGGGCGAGGUAAUGCGAGUCGGGGCGGGGCGGUGCAUGGCCGUUCUGUAUGAGAAUACUAUUACUUAUUCUAUGGCUUAGCCAGGCGUGGCUCACUCCGCGAUUUCGUCGCUUUGCUACAGGUAGCUAAAAGCACAUCCGUUCCACCCCAAUUUUAGGAAAAGCCAUAAGCCGCGCGUGGCGCUGUCGCCAACUAGCGGCCAUAUCUGUGCUGGUCGUAACAGACGCGUUUUGUUAGAGAGUGAGUCUUCUGUACCUAGUACUAUUAUUUAUUCUGUGGCUUAGCAUAAGCCUCUCUUCUAGUACGUACUCAAAGCCUGCGGCGCGCCAGCCCGUGUUAUAGACAAAAGUGUUACAGUCAGUAGCAGAGUAGCUAAGAGAUAAGCAGGCAGGUAGUUAUUUCAAAUGACCUGCGGCGGUAGUACGGUCGAUUUUUUAUCGCUUGUCACCAUGCCUGUCACGUUCUAACUAGUAUCACAGAAUAAAUAAUAGUACUACCGUACAGAAAGGAAGCUUCCUACAAAACCGAAGUUUGACAGCGGUUCAGGGUCGAAUCAUGCUAUCCCUUUCUAAUACAUGGCACUAUCCCUUUCGGCUAAUUAGGGUUGUCAAAAUUCAAGUGAUUAUCUUAUCUGUGGUCGUGCACGCAAAAGGAAGUCAAGUGGUGCCAACCCUAAUAAUUGCUCGGAGCAAUGCUGAGCCGAGCGGAGCCGAGUUUGGCCGAAGUCAGGAGCUUCGCACCCCUGCUAGUAUGUAAGUGCGAAAGUGACGGGCAUAGUGACAGACGAUAAAAAUGGAACCAUGCUGCGCCCGCUACACAUACACUUUUUCCUCAACUAUAAAUCUGUGUUCAGCUCGUUUAAACACUUCGCCCGCUUAGCUACUACUGCUGUUGACUGUAUGGUUGUUUGACAACAAACAUUAACUUUAAUUAAUCUGUGUGCCUAUAAACGCUAGGAUUAAGUAAAAUGCUUUAUACAGAAAUAUUAAGUCAUGUUAUAAUCUUAUAAUGUACAUGGACGGUAUAGGAUACCGAAUAGUUUAAUAGGUAUUUAUUUUGGGAAGUUAAAAUGAGAAAUUGAUUUAAAAAAACGUUAUUAGGGAUAAAAACUCACCGUUAAAGAUAACAUAGUAAUUUUUGACAAUAAAUUAAUACUUACAUGUGAAUAUACACGUUUCUUGUAACCAACGAUGUAAUUAUAAUUAUUUGACUAAGUAGUAUAAGUAAGUACAUACAUAGAAAAAUGCAAAAUUUAAAUGUGCCAAAAAUAGCUUGCCAAACAAAAGUACAUCCACGAAAGUAGGUAAUUGAGAAACGAAAUUAGGCUAUAAAUAUUUUCGAUAUCUAUCAUAUUAGUAUAUUAUUCCACAGUAGGUUAGACUGCGAUCAAAGUACUUAUGUGUGCACUACUGAUAUGUUCUCAAUAUUUUAUAAAAAUGUGUGUUUACAGACGCAGCUAAAAUUUUAUCGACUACAUUCUAUUAUGCUGUUUUACUUUUUAAAAGUUGUUGUCGAAUUCAAAUAUGAAUUGUAUUUUUAAAAAGUUGUACUUUAUAAGACUGCGAUAUCGGCUGAGUGAAAAUUGUCGACUAUACAAAUAUACAUUUAUACACCAA